AUUAUAAAGCUUCAGGAAUGCUUUCAGAGACAUCAAGAAAGCUCCUUGUGAAGAUGGGGGUCAGCGCGUUGGUGGAACAAAGUGGAUUUUACCCUUGUAAUGAAGAGAAACGGAUGUUGGCAGAAAGCGUGGUAACACUGUUUCCUUCUCUGAAGAUCAAGAUGGGAGAAGAGAAUUAAGGAUUUGAACAUUUCUAUGACCCAGUCUCCCACAGUGGAUUUAUUGAGAUGAGACUUCGAAAUCUACAGAGGAAACUUCAUGAUGAUCAGUGUCGCUACCAGCGCAAACAUAGUCAGUGAUUCCUCUGGAGUGUCCAUCACUUUGGAGGUACCUGCUGAAGGAGAGGAGGAGUCCUCUCGGGAGUGGAUGACUGUGAUCAAAAGGAUGAAACCAUCUUCAGAAAACCUCAAUACCAUCAAGUUGGGCAUGGAGAAAACAUACAGUAAUCGCAGGUCAUGGGUCGCAAAAAAGUCCCCAACAGUGAAAGAGAUUUUUUAACAAUAUCCUCGAUUUGUAGACAUGCCAUACUUGCUUGACACUGAGUUUGGAAAAAUGUUUCCUGGUAAGGCUGACCCCUUUCUCCGAAAAUGGGAAGGAAAUAUUGUUCCAAAAUUGCAAAAGAUGUCCACAGUGAAAAAUCCUCUGGUCAUGCCAACUGAUAAUGAGAGUGAAGAUUCAUGUUUUAUUACAUUCCUGCCCCCCACUGCAUCAGGAAGGAACAAAGGGUGGGCCAAAUGCAGUACAAAGUCAGCCCUUGCUAAUCUCCUGGACAUUAAGGCAACUUUGAUGGAAGAUUUUGAAAGAGGACGAAAUAUGUUUGAGGAAGUUGAUACCCCCUACAAAAUGACCAAGUAUUUUGCUGAAAACAGUUCUUUUAUCAAGCCAACAGAAAUCUUCCUUGGAAACAGAGGUGACACUGCAAGAAAGCAAGGUAAAUUAACUCAAGUGUUAAUAGCAGAUACAUGUCAAUACAUAUCUAUUAUUGAUACACUGAAGUUUCUUUUUGACAAUGAACAAAUGCAAAAGCUUUUUGUGAUUUUAAACGAAAGUUAUGGUAAAUUGCCUGACUACUGUGAUGGCUCACAUUUUAAAAAUCACAAAUUGUGCAUCAGUGACGCGUUGAUGGAUUCUCCUCCUAAAUGA